CCUCUUAUACCUCAUCUCUUCUUAAAAAUUAGCACAAGAUAGACAUUGAUUACUUUUUUCUUAUACCAAGUUGAAAGAAUAGUAUAAGUGACUCUUAUGUACAGUUUAUCCUUUAUCCAGUUGUUCACAUUUUACCCCAUUUGCUUUAUCAGUGUGUGUCCCUCUCUUUUAGAGAAAGCUGGAGACAUCAUGCCCUUUUACCACACAUUUCAGUGUGCUUUUCCUAAGAACAAGGACAUUCUCUUAAAUAACCUAAUACAAAGAUCAAAAUCAGAAAAUUCAGGGACUCUUGGGUGGUUCAGUUGAUCAAGCACCCAACUCUUGGUUUCGGCUCAGGUCAUGAUCCCAGGGUCAAGAGAUCAAGCCCUGUGUCAGGCUCCGUGCUGGACAUGGAGUCAGCUCCCCUCCAUGUGUGUGCCCGUGCUUUCCUCUUAAAAGAUUGCCUGCUUUCUUUUUUUUCUUUUUUUAGUCUAAUCACAUUGCAUUUACUUGUCCUGUCUUUUCAGUCUUUAAUUCUGAAUCUUUAUUUUUUAAAUUUAUUCAUGAGAGAGACAGAGAGGCAGAGACACAGGGAGAGGGAGAAGCAGGCUCCCUGCAGGGAGCCUGAUGUGGGACUCGAUCCCGGGACUCCAGGAUCAUGACCUGAGCCAAAGGUAGACUCUCAACUGCUGAGCCACCCAGGCAUCCCUUUAACUCAGAAUCUUUAGUCUCAGCUUUUCUUUGUCUUUUUUGACCCUGACAUUUUUGAAGAUUGCAAGGCAAUUAAUUUUGUAGAAUGUCUCAUAAUUUGGGUUUGUUCAGUGUAGUUUUGUGAUUAGCUUCAGGUUUUCCAUUUCUGGCGUCGAUGUCCCAGACAUGAUGUCAUGUGCCUUUUCAGGGCUUCCUGUCAGGGGCACGUGAUGUUGGUCUGUCCCAUUGCUGGGUGGUUAACUUCUGUCAUUUGGUUGCAUGGUGUCUGCCAGGUUUCUCCACUGUAGAGUUACCAUUUUUCCUUUAUAAUUAACAAGCAUCUUAUAGGGAGAUACUUUGAGACUAAGUAACUAUUCUGUGACUCCACAGAUUUUCCUCUGCUAGGCUUGGCAUCCAUCGAUAAUUUUCUAAUUCUACCAUCAGUUCCUUGUUUAUUCAUUGGAAUCCUACAAUGAAGAAAGAGCUUCCCUACACGUGUGUUAAGUUCCUCUAUCAGGAACUUUCUUCUUUUCUUUCACCACAUAGUCUCUGUCUCCAAACCCAUACUCAUUUCCCUCCCUGCAUUGGCACCAUCUUUCCAUGAGUGAGUCUCAUUUCUGGGCAAUUGGGCUGAACAUUGUGAGGCAAAUAAGAUCAAGAGUUCAUAGACCUAGCUCACAUGUCAAUUCUGCGGGGGGCUGGGGUGGAAAUGGGGGUUUGGAGGAGGCAAGGAGGUCAGCGCCUGCCUCUGAAAGUUCCUCUUUCUUGUAACACCCUUGUCUCUAGCAGUUGGCCUUUGACUCACUGGGAUGGAAGAAAGGAGAGGGAGAAAUCAAAUGUCGUCUGGGAUCCUUAUGUAACCUGCUGUAGGGUCAGGGUUGGUGCGCAUAUGCAGCUAGUUCUGGGAGAAGUGGGGCAGAUAAUCCCACAGAGCAGCUCACACGCCUGUCACUUCUGCUCCUGCUCUCUAGUCGACAGGCAUUUCCAUCAUCUUCCCAUUGCCUCUGUGAGUAAUUGAAGCUGAUGAGGGCUGAAGGCCUAGCACAGGGGAUGAGAUUAGUCCCAGCUCGGAGCUUUCCAGGACUCGUGAAGGAUGAAGCAACCUUACAGGACAACACCAUUGACUUCCUGGAGUAUGUGGCAGCCCUGAACCUUGUGCUGAGGGGCACCCUGGAGCACAAGCUCAAGUGGACCUUUAAGAUCUAUGACAAGGACCGCAAUGGCUGCAUCGACCGGCUGGAGCUGCUUGACAUUGUGGAGGCGAUCUACAAGCUGAAGAAAGCCUGCAGGGUGGAGAUGGAGUCUGAGCAGCAAGGACAACUGCUCACACCUGAGGAGGUGGUAGACAGGAUCUUCCUUCUGGUGGAUGAGAACGGAGAUGGUCAGCUCUCCCUGAAUGAAUUCAUUGAAGGCGCCCGCCGCGACAAGUGGGUGAUGAAGAUGCUGCAGAUGGAUGUGAAUCCCGGUGGCUGGAUCUCCCAGCAGAGGCGGAGAAGUGCCAUGUUCUGAGGAGUCUGGACUAGUCCACAGGCCCCUCCAAGACUCCAUGCUCGCCAGGUUUCCAGAAUAGUGAGAGGGUGCCAGGCCCAGCCUACUGAUGCUCACUCUCAUCUGGCACCCACUAUGAAAGGGGUUGGAUAGGGGGGUUUUGGUCUGAAGUGGCCAGCAGGACACAGUCCCCUGGGAGGAGUUACUGGCGUGGUGAAGGGAAAUGGCUUCUUCUCUCCUGCCAGAGGCUUCUGGGGAAAAAAUGCUUUGGCUGGGUGGUUGUGGGGCAUCCACAAUUUCCUGCAUGGUUCAUAGCUGGAAGCAGGGGAAGACCGAGGGAUGGAGGGGUCCCACAGAUCAAACUGGCAAUGAGACUGCCCACACAGUGUGAGGCAGCCUGCUAGAAGGCAGGGGGCUGGAAGUCUGUCCGCAAGGGAAAAUUGCAGCCAGUACGGAAGGCUCCCGUCUUCCCGGCUGUGCUUAAAGGAGCUGUUUCAGCUCUGCCCUGGUGCUGCUCCCCCAGCCCCUGCUGCCAGCCCACACCCUGACACCACCCUCCUCCCCACCUUCCUACCCCUCCUCCCACACCGGCCUUUCUAACCCCCACCCCAUGGACCUGCCUGCCGGGAUUCCCAGCCACAAGCCGGUUGAGUCUCCCUGAAGGACAGGAGACCUUUCUCUGUCUCUGGGGAGAACUUGUUCUAGGCCAGGCUUUGCCUCCAGCUGGUAUGGACCCAAGAUGGCCCUUUCUCUCUCUCCCUAACCUCAAUGAUCUUACCUGCACAGUGAGCAAGUUGGACAAAACAGGCAGUUUUCUGAUUAUUAUGUUUAAAUGUGGAAUUACUUUGUCAUACAAACUUUGUGUGCAACCUCAAUGUACAAACUAGAUUUCAAAUAAAGGGAGUCAUUCUGGCUAAAGUUGGCGGGGGUAGGGGGUGGGGUGAGGAACUCAGAACAGGAACUCAUUUGAAUAGAUAUGUUUUUAUGUUGAUGGAUGAAAAAUAAAACUCACCUACUGAACUGCAGUUUCACAGGCAUGAUAUUAAUGUAUAAAGUUUCCUUCAGAAAUAAAUUUUAGGGGGGCACCCAAGUGGCUCA